AUGGCACAGAUCAUAACAUUUUUUCAGAUGCUAUUAAUUCUGCUACUUCAUGAUUACAUCUCAGCUGAAGAUGGGGAAACAAGAGCAAGUUGCAGAACUGCUCCGGCAGAUUUAGUUUUUAUCUUAGAUGGCUCUUACAGUGUUGGCCCAGAAAACUUUGAAAUAAUCAAAAGCUGGCUUGUCAAUAUUACAAGAAAUUUUGACAUAGGGCCAAAAUUUAUUCAAGUCGGAGUUGUCCAGUACAGCGAUUACCCUGUACUUGAAAUUCCCCUCGGAACUCAUGAAUCCACUGAGAACCUCAUCAGGGAAAUGGAGUCCAUACACUACUUGGGAGGAAAUACGAGAACGGGAAGAGCUAUUCAGUUUGCCUUUGACCAUCUUUUUGCAAAAUCUUCAAGAUUUUUAACAAAAAUAGCAGUGGUUCUCACUGAUGGAAAGUCCCAAGAUGAAGUCAAAGACGUAGCAGCAGAAGCAAGGAAAAAUAAAAUCACUUUGUUUGCUAUUGGUGUUGGCUCAGAAAUUGAGGAGGAUGAACUUAAAGCUAUUGCCAACAAGCCCUCGUCAACUUACGUAUUUUAUGUUGAAGAUUAUAUUGCAAUAUCAAGAAUUAAAGAAGUUAUAAAGCAGAAACUCUGUGAAGAAUCUGUUUGUCCGACAAGAAUUCCAGUGGCAGCUCGAGAUGAAAAAGGAUUUGACAUUCUUCUAGGAUUAGGUGUGAAGAAAAAGGUUAAAAAGAGAAUUCAAAUACCAACCACUAAUGCAAAAGCUUAUGAAGUAACCUCACGUGUUGACCUGUCAGAAUUGACAAGGAAUGUGUUUCCAGAAGGUCUGCCUCCAUCCUAUGUGUUUGUUUCCACUCAAAGAUUUAAAGUAAAAAAGACGUGGGAUUUGUGGAGAAUUCUAAGUCUGGAUAAGAGACCACAGAUAGCAGUCACUAUUAAUGGAGAAGAAAAAACAUUAUCAUUCACUACUACAAGUUUAAUGAAUGGCACACAAGUUAUUACUUUUGCUGCACCUCGUGUAAAGACGUUGUUUGAUGAAGGCUGGCAUCAAAUUCGUCUCUUAGUAACAGAAGACUUUGUAACUUUGUAUAUAGAUGACCAAGAAAUUGAAAUUAAGCCAUUACAUCCUGUUUUAGGCAUUUACAUCAGUGGCCUAACCCAAAUAGGAAAAUAUUCUGGAAAGGAGGAAACUGUACAGUUUGAUAUACAAAAAUUGCGAAUCUACUGUGACCCAGAGCAAAAUAAUCGAGAAACAGUCUGUGAGAUCCCAGGAUUUAAUGGAGAGUGCAUGAAUGGUCCUAGUGAUGUAGGCUCAACACCUGCUCCCUGUAUAUGCCCACCAGGACAGCAAGGACCUCCAGGCCCAAAAGGUGAGCCUGGGCAGCCUGGGAAUCAUGGUUAUCCCGGUCAGCCUGGUCCAGAUGGUAAGCCU